CAGGAGGGCAGUGACGGUUCCUUUGUGGAUAGGUCCUUUGGGAGAGUCUUGCUGAUGUACAGAAGCUGUUUGGGAGGCUGAGUUGGUGGCCUUUAUCUGAUAAAGUAUCUCUUGCUGGAACAGAACUUUAUUCCUGGCCAUAGUGGCCAGUAGAAGAAACCUGUAAAUUAAAAGGUAACACUUGAAAUAUUUUAUAACAGACUUGAAUAUUCAUUUCCUUCUGUGGUUCAAGACUUAAGAGCACAUCUCCAGAAUUGUUUGUAUGCCUGUUCCUUGCUCCCAGUGAGACAGACUCUUCCAGCUUCCAACUUUUCUCUAAGGCUUUGGAAGGCCUGUAAUGGUUUCAGUGGUGGAACAGGGCAAGGAGAGACAUUGCUAACCUUAAAGGCUUGCCUUUCUUACUAUCUAUGUAUAUGAUUCCAUUGCUCAUUAUUUGAGCUGGGAAAGGGGGGAAAUAACAGUCAUUGCUAUCAAAAGCCCAAGGAAAACAUUUGGAAUAGGAAACCAUAGAAUGAAAUGAGAUUUAUUUCCUGAAUGUUGUGGAAUUGAAUCUUAAAUAUUUUAAUACAUUUCAAAAACAUAUAAAUUGAACAAGUCUCACUUAAUUGAUAUUAUAACACUGUACUGUAAAACCAAGAAUAUGCAUAUUCUUUUUAACUACAUCGGCAGAUUUACCAUCGUGGCUGGACCUCAAAAAAUUCCAAAAAUUACCAUCACACAAGCCUCAAAAAAUUCCAAAAAAGAAUGUUCUCUGAACACAGUGGAAUUAAGCUAGGAAAAGGAAAAUUGUUAAGUCUCUGUUUAAAAAACAUGCAGUGCAGUUUUAAAUAACACAUGGGUCACAGGAUGAAUCACAAAGGAAAUUAGAAAAAGAAUUUUCAAUUGAAGAUAUGUUGUAUCAAAACCUAUGGUGUACAGGUAAGGCAAUAUUUUAAAAGAAACAUUAAGCUCAUAUAUUACAAAAGAAAGGCUGAUGUCUAAGAUUCCAUGUCAAAAAGCUGGGAGAGAAUAACAAUACAGAAAAAGCAAAAGUCAGAAAAAAAAUACAAUAAAAACAAAGGCAAGUAAUUACCUUGAAAACAACAGAAUUGAUAAGCUCUUAGUAGAAUGAUUAGGAAAGAAAAAACGCAUCAACAUUAGAAAUGGGAAAAGGGGUAUCACCCAUAUCUUAGUGCCCAGUCUUUCAUAAACUUCCAGAGACUAUAGGGAAGGGGACAGAUCCCAGCUCACUUGAAGUAAAAGCAAGCCACCAAAACCUGUCAAGGAUAUCACAAAAAUGGAAAACCAAGGGCCAAAUUCUCUUGUGAGUAUAGAGAUAAAAUUCCCAGACAAAAUAAGUCAAGUCUAGCUACACAAAGAUAAUACAUCAUAUCUAAUUUGGGUUUACUGCAAAAACCGAAGGGUGGGGUGGCUGUGGCAAUUUCUUAAGACAACAAUGAAGCAUGCUAUGUCAAUGGACUUCCUUUCAUGAAUGAUUUCUCUAGCAUGCAACGCUGCCUGAUAACGUUUACCCACAGUAGAGUUUCUUCUGAAAUUGGAGUCAACCUCAAACCAUCCCGCAGCUUUAGCACCUAAGUUUAUGUAAUAUUCUAUAUCCCUUGUCGUUUCAAUAAUCUUCACAGUUAUUUCGCCAGGACUAGAUUCCAUCUCAAGAAACCACUUUCUUUGCUCAUGCAUAAAAAGCAACUCCUCAUUCAUUAAAGUAAGAAAUUGCAGCAAUUCAGUAACAUCUUCAGGCUCCACUUCUAAUUCUAGUUUAACUAUUUCCACCACAUCUGCAGUCAGUCACACAUUUAUGGUUUAAGUUGGCUGACCUAAAUCGGUGUGGUUCAUGGCAUCCAAAAUAAUUAAACUAGUAACAUAAAAGAUCACUAAUCACAGCUCACCGUAACAUAAUAGCAAAAGUUUUUGAAAGACUGCAGGAAUUUAUACCAAAUGUGGCACAGAGACAGGAAGUAAGCAAAUGCUCUUUGGAAAAUGACGUCAAUAAACCUGCUUGAUGCAGGGUUGCCACAAACUAAAUUCGUAAAAAAAAAAAAAGCAGUGUUUGCACAUCGCAAUAAAGCGAAGCACAAUAAAACGAGGUAUGCCUAUAUUCAAAUCAUUCUCCAUGAGAUGAGGAAUGAGACAAAGAUGGCCACUAUCGUACCUCCAUUUACCAUUAUACUGGUCCCAGCCAGUGUGCUAAGCCAAGAAAAAAAACAGGAUUAUAAAGGGAGGAAAAACCCACAUUUCUACUGACAACAUGAUUGUAUAACUAGGUAAUCCAAAAGAAUCUACAAACAAUUAAUUGAGUUUAGCAAGGUCAUAGAAUACAAAGUCAAUAUACAAAAAUCAAUGUGUUUCUAAAUUCAAUACAAAAUAGAAAAAAAAUUUUAAUUAGCACUAGAAAUCAAGUAGCUCAGAAUAGAUGCACCAAAAUGUAGGCAGAAUCUUUAUAUUGACAAAGUGAAACAUUUCUUGAAAGAAACACAUAAAUGGAGAGAUUGUCUCCAUGGGAUUGAACUGCAAGUGUGCAAAUUCAUUGAUCCCGCUGGUUAAACCCAAUUCAAAGUAAAAUCCCAGCAGGUUUAUUUUUCUGAAAAUUGACAAGCUAAUUGUAAAAUCUGUAUGGAAGUGAAAUGCCACAACAGACACAAAGGCACUCUUCAAUAAGAACAAAGUUGGAGUCUCCAUUCCCGUAUAUCCUUACUUUCAACCUUUUAGUAACAAAUUUCUGUAGAAUUUCUUUUGUAAACAGCACGCACUUGUAUUUUGUUUUAUAGCCUUUCCUGACAGCUUCCUCUGUAUAGAAUAAUUAUAUUUGGACUUUUUAUUCAAUCUUGUUCUCUGAGUCUAUACCUCCUUUCCCACCCCCUACCCCCGUCCCCUUGUUUUGUUUUGCUUGUUUGUUUUUAAUUUCACUGGAAUGGAGGAAUGGCUGUAUAUUCUCUGGUCUCAUGAUGUUAUUAUCCUGGCUUUUAAUGCUACAGGUGAUCUCAUGUUAAUAAUUUUAAUGGAAUUGAAUAUUUUGAGUUGCUUUUUUGACCACCAAGAAGGGCUUUAUUUCAGAAGUUUGAGUAGUUUGGCUGGAUAGGCUGGGGAACUGGUCUCUUAGUCCCUAGCCUGACUAUCCUAUGAAGCAAGAUAUUUAGAGCAUCUCUGCUGGUGUCAGGAAGGUCUAAGCUUGCAUGGGUGGCAGCAUGAGAGUACACUUUUUAGGUCUCCUUCUUUACCAGCUGCCCCUUCAUUUCAAUUUAGGGCUUCUAGGCCUUUCUGGGCAUGGUUCCCAGAAAGUCCUGAUGCUGCUGCCGGGAUCAGGUUUCUGGAUCUGUUAAUAAUAGACAACAGUGGGGGAAGGGCCAAGAUCAUUAUGAAAAUUGGAACAAUCAAACCAGAUGGACUGUUUUCUAUAUCCAGGGUCCUGUUUGUGUGCUCCGUGAAUCUGAAGAGCAUGCACUACAAUAGGCAUGUCUUCUAAGUCACUUGUUGGAGCUAUUCUAACCAUGAGGGUCUCCAAGUGCCUGCCCAAAAAAUCAGAACACAUGAUCUGGGGGACACUGGUGUGUUUAUGGGAACACUGAAACAGAAUAUUUGAGAUCUGGUGUCUUGUGUGGCAAGGUUUCAGCCCCUGCCAAGUUCACUAUGGAUCCUGUGAGACUGAGAAAUGACAAUGGAAUAUUCUUGGGGUAAGAGGGUUUAUACCCGGCUUUAUUCUUCCGGCAGUAGGUCAAGCACUACAAUCACAUGUGCAUCCAGCAGUCUGCAGGUCCAUAAUCCAUCUCCAUCUCUGCCACUGCCCAAAGCACUGGGCAGAGCUUUUUGUAUAACUCAGUCAAAAAUAGCUUAUUUCUUACAGGUGUGGAAGCAGCCUCGCACUAGGCCACUUACAUCAUCAAGUAGUUUGGGGUCAGGUGAGUAUCCAUAGGAACUUCCAUUUUCCCCACAUCUAGAAUCUACAAACUCCAGGAUGAAUGAUAAUACCCCUCACAGAACACCCGGAAGGGAAGGAGAUUGGACAGCAAUUACGUGAGGCAAAUAGUGACUGAAAGAGGCAAACCAUGUAUGAUUCUGGAGCGUAGAGGAGAAGUGGGGAAUAUGAAGGGGCAGCACAGAAAAAUAAUGACAUGGUGGCUGAGGGGGUAGAAAUGGGAGAGUAAGACACAUAUGUGAGGCAGGGCCUCCUUUAAGUAAAAUCUAAAAUCACAGUUUCCGUUCUGACGUUCCCUUCAUCUUGCUGUUCCCCGUGGAUGGUCUCCUGCUUGCCCUCCCUACACACUCCUCUUCCUUUAUUAAAACCUGCAUUUAGGGUAUGGUAAACUCAACUUAGGUACAAGUGGUGAAAAACCAAGAAGGCUUCAGGAAUUACCAGUUACAAAUUUGAAACCUUCUUACUGUAAAAUAUAACAUAUAGAAAACAACAUUAAAAAACUAAAGCAAUAUUAACUACAUAUAGCUUAGUAUGUUAUUAUAAACUGAAGACCCUUAUUAGCACCCAGGACCAGAAAGAGAACUUGGCCAGCUAUUUCAGAAGCCAGCCAUUUGCCCAAUCCCAUUACAUCUCCCUCCUCCUAAAAGCAACCACUAUCCUGAUAUUUAUGGUAAUCACUUAGGAAGAUUUUAUUUUAAUGGGAGUAAAGGUUUAGCUAUAAAUAAUCCCUAAUGGUAGAAUUUUAGGUAGUUAAUGAUUUGGGAGGAGUCGAGAGGCAGCCAAAUCUCAGCACACAUUAUUUCAUACAGUUAGUUCCCUCUGCCUAAGUGAUUAAGACAACUCACUGGAAAAGGACCCCACAGAAGUCCAAGACUGGGCUGUGCCCUAUGCCCUCAGCUGCCUUACUGUCAUCCACAGGUCCAGAAAGAGCCACCUAUACAGUCUUUGCAAGGCAGAGCAAAGUAGGCCCCAACUCGCAGUGUUUCGGAAAGUACAAGGGACUGGUUGUCUGCAGCUGAUGUGUGAGUCCAGGACAUCGCCUAAAUGUCCUUGGGUUUCAGUUUCUCACUCUGAUGUAUGGGUCCAGGGUCAUAAUAAAGCCCUUUACAACCCUAUUCCUCUCUAAGGAAAAAACUUGGUCCCUUAUUGUUGGGCAAUCCAAUCACUAGGUGAGACCUCAACCCCAGGAGAGGGUACUUGUCUCUGACCAAGAAAGAAUUCACGCAGGUCUGAUGAGUGCAGAUAAGGAAGAAAUUCAUUAAAGCAAGAGUAGCAGUGAAGGGCAGCAGCCAUGCAGGCAGUAGAAAGCAAGGAGGAACAGGGAAGAAAGGGAAGUUCAUUGAACUGCUCAGCAUAGGGCAGAUCCCUUGCCAACUCCUGAAGCCAAGGUCACCUGGCAUCUAAUGCCCAGUUGAAUCUGCACGGCAUGGGAACUAAGCUCCUAGCAUCCCAGGACUCUGGGGAGCCCCAGAGCACUGAAUGGAGUGAAAUUAUGUUCUGAGAACUUCCCCAAAUCAGAGAAAGGAGAUUUUCAGGCAGGCUAAUAAAGAGCACAGCCGUAUAGCUGCAGUCCAGGUCACUCAGGUGACAGGAACUUGCAAGCCCCAAAUCAGAAAUCUCAGUAGCCCUCCCUUACUUGCCUGAAGUAGAACAGAGAAAGUAAAGACUUGUGCUUAAGUCCAGAAAAUUGAAUGUAGUAGUGAAGUAACAAGGACGCUUACCACCAGUAAAGGGGUCUCUUACUAACCUCCUAAGAGGCUUGGAAGAGUGAAGAGAGAAAGUGCAGUAAGCUGAGCAGCAAGAAGGCUUUAUUUAAGGCAAAGCACACACAAAGAAAGGGGCAUGAGGGCAGCCUCAGGGAAGAGGCGUGCCUAAAGCCUUUAGGAUUCAGCUUUUCAAGGAUUUCAAGAAGGGGAUAAAGUGGCCUCGUGAUGUCUAUUCUGUGGUGGUAGAGACGCUGAUGUGAUCAGUCUUCUAGAUGUUCUGUAAGAAAAACUUAAGGAACUUAGAGACGGUGUUCUUCUCCAAGAUAAUGGUUACCUUCCAGCAUGGAAACAUCACUUAGGACUGCUCGCCUGGCCUUACGAUAGGUUUGGUUGGUGGCUUAACACCAUAAAAUGUUGGGAAUCAUUACCCCCUAACUCCCUGGUUUUCAAAUGGAAUCUUAGCCUUAAGAUGGGGUCUCUCCUGUUCUUACUCUACUAUUUAUAUCUCAGCAUUUUUCAUUAUAGGGAAGAAAAAUUAAUCAUGAUGUUUGUCCCACGUCCUUGUUCUACCUCACGCUUUCCUCCAUUUUCAUUUCUGUUUCAGCUGCCUAUUUACUUACCCUUGUAAGAAACUCAUUACAUUCCUUUCCCAGAUGGGUGUCUUUCUGGUCUUGUGUUCCUCUUUUCUCCUUGAUUCUCACACACCAUGAGUCUGCUUCAUCUUGACAGACACCUUUAUGAACAUGCCCAUGUGUCCUUGUGUGGAGGUGCCGAACGACUGCUCAUAGAGUGAAUGAAUAUAAAUGAAGAAUGAAUGAAUGGUUUCAUGCAUUCACGUAUGCAUUCCGUCAGUAUUAAGCAAGUGAUAUAUGCAUAGAUACUAACCUAUCCCUCUACACUUUUAAGAUUCCUCUUUCCUUUUUCCUCACCUUCCUUCUUUCCCAUCCUGUCUUUUUUCUUUUCCCUGUGUCACAGUGCUGAACUGAGUGCCUUUCGAGGCAGGAUGCAGAGACACAGAUGCAGGCUAGUGGAAACAGACACCAUGGAAAGGGGCCAGAUGAAAUAAGGGCCAACAGCUGUGUAACAUGCAGAGCGAACCGACCAGAAUGAAAAGCAGUGAUUCAUGAAGCACUGCAACUCAGAUACGCCUUGGGUUUUCCUUUUAGAGCUACUGUGAGAUUGGGGUCAGUGAGGGCUGGCCUCAAGAUGAAGGGCAGCCAGGCUCCUCCUCCCUGGAGAGGUGGUGCGGGGCAAUCCCUCCCCUUAAUCCUUUUCCACCUGCCCCUCCCCCACUACCCCUCACACUGGCCAGUGUCCUGGGCCUUUAAGAGCUGAAAGGCUGAACUGAGGAGAGCACCUUCUCCUUCCCUCUGGCUAUAACGCUGCCAGUCGCAGCAGCAAACUGCAUUAGAAGAGGAGAGAAAGCCAGCGAGUGCCAGAGGAGCAAAGGAGAAAAGGAGCUCAGCUGGGAUUCCCGGUCCCCCAGCGGAAGCAGCACAGAACUCACAGACAGGACUGCUAUCCUGCCCACGGUGAUUUUGGGGCCACAGCUGGUGGAGCAGUAGGUGAUGGCGUCCCAGUUGCAAAGCCGGCUGCCCAUCAAUCAAGACCUGCUGCUGAUGCAGAAAGGCACCAUGAUGCGCAAGGUGAGGUCCAAAAGCUGGAAGAAGCUAAGAUACUUCAGACUUCAGGAUGACAGCAUGACAGUCUGGCAUGCCCGGCAGGCAGGAGGCAGUGCCAAGCCAAGCUUUUCAAUUUCUGACGUGGAGACAGUGCGUGAGGGCCAUGAGUCUGAAUUGCUGCGCAGCCUGGCAGAGGAGUUCCCCUUGGAGCAGGGCUUCACCGUUGUCUUCCAUGGCCGCCGCUCCAACCUGGACCUUGUGGCCAACAGUGUUGAAGAGGCCCAGAUCUGGAUGCAGGGACUUCGGUUGUUGGUGGACUUUGUCACCAGCAUGGACCAACAGGAGCAGCUGGACCAAUGGCUGAGUGACUGGUUCCAGCGUGGAGACAAAAACCAGGAUGGUCGGAUGAGUUUUCCAGAAGUCCAGCGGUUACUGCGCCUGAUGAAUGUGGAAAUGGACCAAGAACAUGCCUUCCAGCUCUUCCAGGCAGCAGACAUGUCUCAGUCUGGGGCUCUGGAGGGAGAAGAAUUUGUUGAGUUCUAUAAGGCACUGACUCAUCGUGCUGAGGUACAGGAACUGUUUGAAAACUUCUCAGCUGAUGGGCAGAAGCUGACCCUACUAGAAUUUGUGGAUUUCCUGCGAGAGGAGCAGAAAGAAGGAGAACAUGCUUCUGACCUUGCUCUGGAACUGAUCGACCAUUAUGAGCCUUCAGAUAAUGGCAAGCUGCGACAUGUGCUGAGCAAAGAUGGCUUCCUCAGCUACCUCUGCUCAAAGGAUGGAGACAUCUUCAACCCGGCCUGCCUCCCCAUCUACCAGGAUAUGACUCAACCCCUGAGCCACUACUACAUCAACUCCUCUCAUAACACCUACCUAGUGGGAGACCAGCUUUGUGGCCAGAGCAGCAUUGAGGGAUAUAUAAGGGCACUGAAGAGGGGGUGCCGCUGUGUGGAAGUGGAUAUAUGGGAUGGACCUAGUGGGGAACCUAUCGUUUACCAUGGACACACCCUGACCUCCCGCAUCCUGUUCAAAGAUGUCAUGGCCACUGUAGCACAAUAUGCCUUCCAGACAUCAGACUACCCAGUCAUCUUGUCCCUGGAGAACCACUGCAGCUGGGAGCAGCAGCAGGUCAUGGCACACCAUCUGACGGAGAUCCUGGGCGAGAAGCUGCUGAGCGCCACUUUGGAUGGACUGCUGCCCAUGCAGCUGCCCUCGCCUGAGGCACUUCGGAGGAAGAUCCUGGUAAAGGGGAAGAAGUUAAGGAUGCUUGAGGAGCUUGAAGAAGAGGAAGCUCUAGAGUCUGAACUGGAAGCAGAGCAGGAGGUUGAGCUGGAGUUGGAUGCCCAGUUUGAGUCUGAGCCCCAGGAGCUGAGCCCCUGUAAUAAGGACGAAAAGGAGAAGAAAUCCAAGCCUAUCUUGUGUCCAUCCCUCUCUGCCCUGGUUGUCUACUUGAAGUCUGUCUCAUUCUACAGCUUCGCUCAUUCAAGGGAGCACUACCACUUCUAUGAGAUAUCGUCUUUCUCUGAAACCAAGGCCAGGAGCCUGAUCAAGGAGGCUGGCAAUGAGUUUGUGCAGCACAACACCUGGCAGUUGAGCCGUGUGUAUCCCAGUGGCCUGAGGACAGAUUCAUCCAACUACAACCCCCAGGAACUCUGGAAUGCUGGCUGCCAGAUGGUGGCUAUGAACAUGCAGACUGCAGGGCUGGAGAUGGACAUCUGUGAUGGGUUCUUCCAUCAGAACGGGGGCUGUGGCUACGUGCUGAAGCCAGACUUCCUGCGUGAUGCCCAGAGUUCCUUCCACCCCGAGAAGCCCAUCAGCCCUUUCAAAGCGCAGACACUCCUAAUCCAGGUGAUCAGUGGUCAGCAACUCCCCAAAGAGGACAGUACCAAAGAGCGAUCCAUUGUGGAUCCACUGGUGAGAGUGGAGAUCUUCGGGAUCCGCCCAGACACAACCCGGCAAGAGACCAGCUACGUGGAGAACAACGGUUUUAAUCCGUACUGGGGGCAGUCACUGUGCUUCCGGGUCCUGGUACCUGAAUUGGCCCUGCUGCGGUUUGUGGUAAAGGAUUACAACUGGAAGUCCCGAAAUGACUUCAUUGGCCAGUACACCCUACCUUGGACCUGCAUGCAACAAGGUUACCGCCACAUACACCUGCUCUCCAAGGAUGGCACCAGCCUCCAUCCAGCUUCCAUCUUCGUGCACAUCAGCACCCAAGAAGGGCUGGAGGUGGACGAAUCCUAACUUGAGCAAUUCAUGGGAGGGGUGGGGGCACUGGCUUGACAUUGUAAAACCUGGAAGGAUCCUCCAGAAAGCAGGCAGAGGUGAAAACCAAGCUUUGGAUUGUGCAUUCCCAGUCACAAAAUUAUCUCACCCUUCCUAACAAGCAAAUCUAGAACCUGAUUUUUCUUUCA